AUGAAGGCCUCACUCUUAGCAUUUUCCAUUCUCUUGGUGGGUGUUGCUGUGGCAGCACCUGAGCCGGUGGUUGACACCUCCGGCCAGAAACUGAGAACAGGUAUCAAGUACUACAUUCUCCCAGUCUUGAGGGGCAAAGGCGGUGGUCUAACUGUUUCAACCAGUGGCAACACCACAUGCCCACUCUUUGUGGUGCAAGAGAAGCUUGAAGUCUUGAAUGGCUCCCCAGUUACUUUCACACCAUACAAUGCCAAAAGUGGUGUUGUUCUAACUUCAACUGAUCUCAACAUCAAGUCCUAUGGGCCAACCACUUCCUGUGACAAACCCCCUGUGUGGAAGCUCCUCAAGGUGUUAACUGGGGUGUGGUUUUUGAGCACUGGUGGUGUUGAAGGCAAUCCAGGGAUUGACACUGUCGUCAAUUGGUUCAAGAUUGAGAAGGCUGACAAAGACUAUGUCAUUUCUUUCUGUCCCUCAGUGUGUAAAUGCCAGACUUUGUGUAGGGAACUUGGCUUAUAUGUUGGUGAUGAUGGAAACAAGCAUUUGUCUCUCAGUGAUAAGGUUCCAUCCUUCAAGGUUAACUUCAAGAGGGCUUAAUUUUCCCACCAGAAUGAAUAAAACCAGUCAAAUCAGAUUAGAUGGUUCUUCCGGGAAGGACAUUUACAUGAAUAUAAUAAAUGGCAUAUGCUGCUAUGGUUGAAGUGUAAGCACUCCUUUGAUUCACAUUUUGGUGAUCAAUGAUGCAUAACCCCUUUAUCAUCUUAUUUA